CCUCAUUGGAUUACAGAAUUAAUGUCUUGGCCUUUUGACCUUGAGGUACUUUGUGUAAUCAGAUACCAGAGGACCAAGUGCCCCCACAAGGACAGUGUUUAAAAUGGUUUAACACCAGGUACAGCCACUGUCCCCCAGCUCCCAGUUCUUCUGGGACUAAGAACCAGCACUGGGAUGUCGACAUCAGUGUGUUCCUGCUGAGGCCAGGUAAGUAUUUCUUAUUCAUGGUUCUCAAAUGGCCCUGGCAGAAGUGAGGCACUAAGGCCAGAAAGGAUGAUUUGGGAUGGCAGAGCAUAUGUCAUUCCCUGUGGUGUCUGCCUGCUUCACCUCGGGUUUGCUCUGCAUCCCCGAGUGUCCUCCCAGCCCUGUCUGGAGCUAAAAUCCCCUCCCGAGCUGUCACAGAAGUGAGGGGCCUGAAUAGAGAAGAGAUUUUUGUGACAAGGUCAGGACGCCUUUAGCUCAGUGGCAUUCUGGAAAUCAGUCUGGAGUCUCCCCUCCUGGCAUGCCAAGGAGCGGGGAGGUUGGUGUGUAGGAGCAGGCUCCUGCUAAUCGACCCUGCCACGGAAUUCCCAGAGGCCUUGGGAGAAGCUGCCUUCUUCUGUUGUGUGCAAGGAACAGCAGCUCCUGCUUCUGCAGUACCAGCAUCAGCGCAGGCUUUCUGCAAACGUGGUGUUACCUUAUGGCAAUUAAAGGCAUUAAAAUGGCCACAGAAGUAAUCUAAACAUUGGUUUAAAAAAGCAAGGCUGAGAGUGGGACUGGGUCAGGCAAGUCGGGGAAGUUUAGGGGGGGGAAAAAAGAAAGGAAUGCUUGGAAUAAUAAUUUAGCUAUGUUGUUGUGAUGUCUUUCACCUCGGAUUCCCAGUGCACCACAAAGAGUGUGGAUGGCAAGACUUGCUGGGAGGGAAGAUAAUUUUCCCGAGGAGAAGCAGCUAUUGCUUAGCCUGGCUCAGCAGCAGCCCCUGCUCCUUCUCAAAGGAAGUGAACUGUAGGAGAGAGAAGGACAGCAAACGGGGUUUGGUUUAUGAUGGAGGCUUGGCCUGAGCAGUGUGUCUCUUCCCAAAUGUGCUUCUUGCCCUGCAGAACAAGGGGAUUUGGGACAACUCAGGAGAGGAACAAGAGGAGCUGCUUGAAAAUAUGGUGCAGUUUGAAAAUGUCAAUGUUUUUCCUGGCUGAAAGCAGCCAGUGCUUCUCUGUUACCCCACUGCAAGGUAAUUUACAAUCAGAUUUUUUUUUUGAGCAUGGAGAAAAAAGGAAAAAACCCAAAAGAUUAAUCUCCCUUCAUUCCCUUUAAUCCUUCCUUCAAAACAGCUUUUAGCUGAAGUUGCCUAUAUUGGGAGUGCUCUCUGCCUUCCCCACUGCGGCAUCUCCCGCUUCCAGCUGGGAAGAAGGAUGCAUUCACUCUCAGUUGCUGAUUGCAGCACACAAAUGUGGACUUGGCUGGAAAAAGAUGUGGGUGAUGAGGAGAUGAUGAAUUAAAAAAAAAAAGAAAGAAAUCCAAGUUUUUAUCCAAAAUAUGCAGGAAAUGUUUCACUGAAAGACUGAGAGGAAGCAGGUGCUGUGUGGCAGCUGAAUGAAUGUGUGCCCUGGUGAUUGGGAAAUACUGCCUGUGAGGUUUCCUUGCUGCUGUUAAGGGCAUUUCCCUGUCCAGACAAUGCCUGGUUUCACAUAUCUGUCAAACUCAGAGCUGGAAACACCCCAGUUUCCAAAGCAAGAUCAGGUUUUAUUAAAGGAUGAUGAUACUCUGGUAGUGAACCUGUUUGGUGUUUUUGUGGGACCAGUCAGUUCCGGAUCAGGAGCACUGACUGGAUGUUGGUGCAGAGGAUGUGCCCUGAUAAGGGAUCUCUGCUUGGGACUGCAUCAUUUUUCUUGCAUGCACUGCUGGGGGGAUUUUGGCUCUUCCUGUUUCUCUUCCCAGCUAAAAGGACCACAGAGAUGCUGUACCUCAGGACUGACCCUCUCAGGCUGGCUGUGAGAUGGCAGUGGCAGUAACAAUCUGACAGGUCAGAGAAACCAGGAGCCUGGGCAAGAGGGAGAUGCUUCACAUCCUUUAUGCUUUGGGGUUUAGCUGUAUAAAUGAGCAAGGUUACAAAGGGAUUUUUGCUUUCUUUCUUUGCUGGGAAAAGAUACCUCAGAACAGAGUGGAAGCCUUCAGAAUGAGGAUUAGGAAAAAAAGGUGGAGAAAGAAGUCCUGUUUUCUUUGUCCCACCCUCAGCCCAUCCUCCCCUGAAAAAUAACAAACUGUUACAAUGGCAUGAAAACAAGCGUGAGGAGAUGUUCCUGCCGUGUGUGUCUUGGCACCGAGCAGCACAGCUGACUUCCACAGCCACACAUCUCCUUCCAAGCAUCAUAACCGUCCUUCUCCUCCCUGGGGAGCGCUGCCUGGAGAGCUGGCACAGCCCCAAGCCUCCAGCAAGGUGGAAGCUGUACCCCCGGGUGCUCAGGGACGUGUCGGUGAUGGACCUGUCCACCUCCGUCCUGGGCCAGAGGGUCUCCGUGCCCGUGUGCGUGGCCGCCACCGCCAUGCAGCGCAUGGCUCACCCCCACGGAGAGACGGCGACCGCCAGAGCCUGCCAGGCCGUGGGCACAGGGAUGAUGCUGAGCUCCUGGGCCACGUCCUCCAUCGAGGAGGUGGCCGAGGCAGCCCCGGGCGGCCUGCGCUGGCUGCAGCUGUACGUGUACAAGGACCGGGCGGUCACGGAGUCGCUGGUGAGGCGCGCCGAGAGCGCCGGCUACAGGGGCAUCUUCGUCACCGUGGACACGCCGUACCUCGGCCGCCGCGUCGCCGACGUGCGCAACAGGUUCCGGCUGCCCCCGCACCUCAGAUUAAAAAACUUCUCCAGCAGUGACCUGGCAUUCUCCUCGGGGAAGGACUUUGGCGAGAACAGCGGGCUGGCCGUGUACGUUGCUGAGGCCAUCGAUGCCACCGUCAGCUGGGAGGACAUCAAGUGGCUGCGGGGGCUGACCUCGCUGCCCGUCGUGCUGAAAGGGAUCCUCAGGGCUGAUGAUGCCAAAGAAGCUGUAAAGAUUGGGGUAAAUGGGAUCCUCGUGUCAAAUCACGGAGCACGGCAGCUUGAUGGGGUCCCUGCUACUAUUGACGUCUUGCCUGAAAUCGUGGAGGCUGUGGAGGGGAAGGUGGAGGUGUUCCUGGAUGGUGGUGUAAGGAAAGGCACGGACGUUCUCAAGGCCUUGGCUCUCGGUGCCAAAGCUGUUUUCAUCGGCAGACCUGUCCUCUGGGGACUGGCUUAUCAAGGUGAAGAAGGAGCAAAAGAAGUUCUCCAGAUGCUGAAGGAAGAGUUUCGCCUGGCAAUGGCACUGACAGGAUGCCGGAGAGUAGAAGAAAUUGGCAGGACACUGAUCCGAAGACAUCAAGUAUUGUUUUCCAAGAUUUAGAUCUGAAGACUCUUGCCUUGUGCAUUGCCUGUUGUGCUUCCAGACAAAAUCCAACUGCAUUCCCUCAGUGGGCCUCCUCCUGCAAUCCUGACCGAGGGGACGCCCUGCUCUGUAGGGAGAUCACUUGCUGAAGAAAGAACUCAAAGCAAAUUUUACAGGUGUUUCCAAAUCUCUCGGGCUCUUAAGGAAAGCUGCUACACUAGGAGGUGUGAUUAGAGAUGGGGCUGUAUACAGGACCAGCACAGAAACUUCAAUGUGUUUUGCAACAAACGCUGACAAUUAAUUUCCAUGCCUGGGAGUAAUUUAGUUGUUAAAGUGAAACUAUAAACAGAAAUGUUUUGAUAGCAAACAGAAAUGCUGAAAUUUAAAAUGCAAAAGAUGCUUCUUGCUCACUGUUUAGAGAAACUGGACUGUAGAUUGUAGAGAUUAAAUCUUGCUUUCUUAUGAACAGAGUGUCCUUUCCCUAAGUGACUUUAUAAGCAUCUGGGCUUGUGGCACGUAGGCUGUAGGAGCCCAGAGCACUCUUCAUUGUAAGGAACCAAAGAGCAAAGCAAAAUUGGGGAAAUUCAGAUGUUUAAGUGGCACAAGCCCCUCUGCAGUCAGACAGCUGUUAUGUAUGUGCAUUGAAUGUAUGUCAGAUCAUUGGCUAAUGAGAAUCCCUGCAGCCCAAACUGUGCCAGCUGCAUCCACCUGGAGCUCCAAGUCACAUUUUUCACCUGGAUUGAUUUGCUAACAGUGGCAAGGGAAGGCUGAUGCUACCUUGGAGAGUUUGUAGAAUUUGCAGCCAUGUGCAAAACAGAAACUUGAAUAACUGAGGCAUUAACCCAUGACUUGGGAAGAGCCUAGUGACUCUAUUGAGUUUCCACGCACAUCCUUCAGUCAGAUAAAUCUCAGUGUUCUUCACUCUGCUUAUGAUGAUGAUGCAGAGACACACAGGAUCUGUGCCUCUGUACUCUAAACAGUCCAAAUAUCCACUGAAUUCAGGAGAAAUUUUACAUUUGUAAAGAACAAAGGAGGUAAGACUGUGCUGUUCUCAUCUUGGGUAAAACCAAGGGCAGCUCUUCACCUGUCUCACCUCCCUUGCAGUCAUGGCAGUUUUACAGGGAGCAGGGAGAGGCCACACAGGUUUUGAAUAUCCUGCUGUGAAAAUUAACUGUUCAUUUUAAAGAAGACUAAAGAAGAGAAAAAAGUCCUAAUUUCUUGGUCUCGCUGACAUCACCAGCUCCACCAUUUGUUUCCCAUCAGCCUCGUGCAUUCUGACUCUUCCGCUUUGCUCAGUUUGAAAUAUCCCUUACUGAGCUUUAGAGUCAGCUUUGUAAUGAAAUGAUGGAAUAUCAUAAUGUGAACUAAAGCUGGGGCUGGAACUCGAAAUGGGGAGAAAACCCAAAAGGCCACAUGCUUGCCCUCCAGUUGUAAAAUCUGUACUCUUAUUUACUGCAGAAUGUGGUCUGUUGUGUGAGAGUUGCGUAGCAACAAAAUAAAGUUUAUCUGUGCAAGGAAAUAUGAAUGUUUCUCAGAGCACAGAGAAGCAUAAUUUCUGCUGUUUACCGCACUUAUCAUAUCUGUUGCAAUGUGGACUGUGUCAGAUGUCAAUUACAGACUAACUUCAGCAAGACUGUUUAUUUGAGAUAAUAUAAAUGUUACUUAAAAGACAGGGGCAUAAUAUCUUGUGUUUACAUGUUUAAGGUCUAUUUCUAAAGCUCAGAAGAUGCAGUUUCCUGUCUUUGUCCCAACCAGAUUCGAGGAAAGUUCUGAAACUCUGAGGUUCAGUAGAAGUUCUGAUGACGAGGAAACCGGUUUCGUUACUUGUGCGUAAUUCCCUGUUUCUAGUUCCUCUGGGAUAAGGGGUUUACAUUGUUUGUUCCUGCCUGUUAUCUGAGAAUCGUCUGACUGCCUUCCAGUUCAGCCCCAGUAAGACUAGACAAGCAUUAAAAACCAGAAUUAGAGCCAAAGACUUAAAGGCUGUGAAACUGGUAACAGAAAGUAAAUGAAUUUGUCUGGUAGAAUUCUCUUUUUAAAAUAUUCCACUGUGAAGAGAAUUUCUUUUCAUUUUGAG